AUGACAAGGGCUCAUGAAUCUGCACACGAGGUGAGCUUCGCCACCCCAAGAAGCUUCGCUACCGUGCUCAAAUCCGACCUCAAGGAGACCUUCUUCCCCGACGAUCCCUUCCACCAGUUCCGGGAUGAGCCGUUGUCAAGCAGAACCAAGAAGGCCAUUCAAUAUUUUGUUCCAAUAUUUGGGUGGUUGCCUAAGUACAAUCUUCGUUUGUUCAAAUAUGAUCUUCUUGCCGGAAUCACCAUUGCCAGCCUCGCGAUUCCUCAGGGAAUUAGCUACGCUAAGCUCGCUAACCUCCCUGCGAUCAUUGGACUAUAUUCAAGCUUUGUUCCACCUCUGGUUUACGCGGUUUUCGGAAGCUCAAAGCAUCUUGCAGUUGGAACAGUGGCUGCAUGUUCAUUACUCAUAGCAGCAACAAUUGAAGAAAAAGUAACCCCAGCUGAGAAUUUGCCAUUGUAUCUUAGUUUGGUCUUUACUGCUACUCUUUUCUCUGGUUUGCUGCAGACAGCUAUGGGUGUACUAAGGUGA